GCGCCGUUUCACUUUGUCACGACUGACUGGUCAAACCAAAACUUGUUCCAUGCGGGAGGGGCUCGUUGUCGUGCGAUAUGUGGGUCUGGCGAUGUCGUUUUGUGUGUUGGUGGCAUUGACGGUUGUGGACUUAUCGUGGUGGGCUCGCGUCCAGUCGUUGCUGACACUGCCCACACAUGGAACCUCCCUCCUCCGAGAGCACGGGACCACGCACUCAUCGUUCGUGCGUGCUGCCGUACUGCACGUCGCUCGGCCGGACGAAGCCUCUUUCACUCCGAUGUUCCGUCGCCUCCAUCGCAGCUGGAUCGCCAUGUCGUUGCACGAGCCGCCCUCUUGGCGCACUGACAUCGUUGUCGUAACCGACGCGCCCUACGUGUUUGAGUGGUUGGCGGUGCUGAAUUGCUCCGUGCACCCUCGACAGAACGCGUCGCAGCCCAACAUGUGUGUGGUCGCGACCAAGUUCGCUCCUCAUUCAUCUUCGUCUGGGGUGAAUUUACCUCCGGGAUUAGAUCCCAGCAUCGAGGUGUUUCGGGCGUUGAGCGUCGUGUCGGCCUCCACGUACGACUGGCUCCUCCGAACCGACGUGGACACGUUCCUCGCUCCUGGUUUUGCCACGUACCGCCCCAACUCGCUGGCGGUCAAUGUCGGCGCGUACAUCCAGCCCAACUGCGGCACGACCACCCACUUGGACACCAUCGCAGCGCGGCUGAAUUUGACAAGUCAAAACGUGUCCAACAUCGGGUCCACAUGGUACGGUCCGACAGCCCUCAUGCAGACCUGCGCGGCGCAAACCGUGGGGCUCAUGGAGACGUUGUACCUGCACGACUUUACAGACGUCGAGAAAAGGCCGGCCUAUGGAAACCAGGGGUGGCCCCAAUGGCAUGUGGGGGUGCUGGGGUCGUACGCCGGGCAUCUGGCUAUCCGACAUUGCACUGCAUCAGUUGGCGUCGUCUUGGCCGGGAAUGUGCUCAACGUUCCGUCGACGUCGGUCGACAUGGCCAGCCACGUGGCCCACAUUCACGCGACGCACGACGACGACGACGACGCUAUUCUGUCUUUGCCUCGGAAUAACACCACCAAGGACGCCACAACCGUUCGCGACUACACAUUGGCCAUAACGUUGUCCUCAAGCUCUGUCUUGUCGCCUUCGCCAGCCAGCAUCACCUCGACAUUUAUACGCGCCGCGGUCGUGUACUUGCCGUCCACCGAAGCUCGUUUUCUGCACGAGUUUCGAUGGUUUCAUCGCAGUUGGCAGGCCAUGCAAGCGUUCGAGCCUCCGGGGUGGCGCACGGACAUUGUCGUCGUCACCAACGGCCUCGUGCCGACGCUGGACGAGCUCAACUGCACGUCGAUGCCCCGUGAACACGCCACCGACCCCAACCGGUGCAUCGUAGUGGCCACUUAUACCAGCUUGUACUCGCCGGCGUUUCCGUAUGCGUACGCGGACUCUGUCAAUGUGUUGGCUGUGACGCCGUUGGGGGCAUACGAUUGGGUGCUCCGGACAGACAUGGACACGUUCUUGACGCCCGCGUUUGCCACGUGGAAGCCGUCGCUGUUUGUCGUGGGCAUGGGGGGGUACAAUGUGAUGGGAUCGACUAACGACCGCCUCGACGCCAUCAUCGUCCAGCUCAACUUGACCGCGAAAACGGUGGAUAACGUUGGCUCGACCUGGUACGGCCCCACUGCUCUCGUACAGCAAUGCGCCCAGCUGUCCAUGGACGUCCAAAUGUACAUGUAUGCAAACGAAUUCACGGACGAGGAGAAGAGCCCUGAAUACGGCAUCAAGGGUUGGCCGAAUUGGCAUGUGGGGGUCCUCUCCAUGUACGGGGGGCACGUUGCCAUCAACCACUGCACCCGCGACUUUGGGGUUGUCAAGGAUGCACACAAUUUAGACUUUCCCACCACGUCGCAUGAGUCCCCCACGCGACAUGCUCACCUUCAUACGUGGCAGGAUAGCAACCGGUUCUCCAAGUUUGCGUUCGCCGACGGCGCGUACAAAAACGAAAACAAGUCGGCGUUGGAUCUGGAUGACAUUAGUGAUUACGCCAUGUACAUGGCGUUGGAUUCACAGCCACGGGCAUAAGCAUGGCAAACGGUAGUCUUGACGAACGAUUAGCUUUUAUAUGCUGAAGUGGCCCCAAUAAAGUACUAGUAUGUGUGUGUGUGUGAA